CUCAUGUUCUCUUGAUGUGAGCUUUGUCAGGGACGGCACGGUGAAAGCUUGAUCUAAAGUUCACAAGUUGGAGCCAUAAUUCUUGCCGAGAAGAUCAUAUAUCAGAUCAACAUCUUAAGAUGGAUGAUGGGCCUCUGGCCGAUGUGUCUGCCUGCUCUGGAGAAAGAAGGCGAUCUUCCCGAAUCCAAGCUUCAUCUAGUAUUGGCAGUAAUGGUCCAGAACCAUCCAUCCAGACCACGCCGCCGACCGAGUCUUCUGAGACUGCACCCGUGACGAAAUCUGCCAGAAGCUCGCCUAGGGCGGGGUCUCACGCCAUGGACCAUGGCCCAACUACAGCCCAGAGGACUGGCUUACGGCGCAGAAAUGAAGCCUCAGAUUUCAUUGCUCCGGACCCAAUAUCUGAAGCGAUGCGGCCCCUUACAGAUGAGGAACGCCGAAAUUGGGCAGGUUGGGUCGAGUUGGAAUCAGAUCCGGCUCUGUUCAAUUUCAUAUUACGAGAAUACGGUGUGAAAGAUGUUAAGGUUCAGGAGGUUCUUGGCUUUGAUGACUCGCUACUAGCCAUGCUUCCUAAACCGGUCUAUGGAUUGAUAUUUCUCUUUAAAUAUCGAGACGAGGAGGAGGAGGAAGGGACAGAAGAAGCUCCCGAAUGCCCUAAACAUGUGUGGUUUGCAAAUCAGACAAUAACGAAUGCAUGUGCCACCGUAGCCCUCUUGAAUAUCGUGAUGAAUAUCCCUGAAAUCAAUCUCGGAGAUGCCUUGAGUACAUUCAAAGCGGAAACCAGAAGACUAAAACCACCCUACCGAGGGAAGAAGCUUGGCUGUGAUGCCUUCAUUCGAAAUAUACACAAUUCGUUCGCACGGAGAAUGGACAUGCUCAAUGCCGAUCUGGCCCUAUCUAAUGAGAUGGGAAAGUGGAAUAAGGCUAAGAAUAGCAAGAGAAAAAACACCAAGAAUAGUAAGAAGAAUAAAGAGGAAGAAGAUCCAGGAUAUCAUUUCAUUGCAUAUGUCCCUAUCAAUGGUGUAGUCUGGAGACUGGAUGGCCUACGGCGGCAACCUGGCAACCUAGGAGAGUAUCGAGAGGACUGGAUGGCCGUGGCUCUUGCCAACAUCAAUCAGCACAUAUAUCAGUCCCAACAAGACGGCGUUCAGUUUAGUCUGCUGUCCCUUUGCAAAAGCCCAUUGCGUACCGAUCUGGAGAAACUUGUCGAAAACAUGCAUUCCAUAGCAUCGGUCAAAGAACUGCUCACAUCUAUUCAACCCGAUUGGCAGCAGUUUACGGAGCUUGAUGAGUCCAUUUUAGUCAAAGUGCCAGACAGUUCGUUUGGAAUAUCACAGGAGCUCUUCGACAACUCCGGUCUGUCGGAAGCCACACGACAGAGACUUCGGGAAGCCGGGACCGAUGCAAGUGCACUCAUAGAUCUGUAUCAAGAGUAUGUAAGAGAUCAGAUCAGGCUACAGACGUCCUAUAUGGACGAGGCUGCCUUAAUAGAGCAGGAGAAUGAGCAGGCAAGGCGGCGAAAACACGACUAUACCCCUAUCAUCUACAACUCGAUUAAAAAACUAGCCGAGAGGGGAGUACUGAAGAGAAUUAUCGAUGAGAUUCGUGAAAAUGAAGCAAUGAGACAACGGGGUGGUGAGGCAAUGGGCUAUUUUGCCUCCCCCUGCUGAAAGCACCAUCAUACAUUUUCAAAGUAGCGCAAUGGAAAUCACACCCACGCUUGUCAGUAGU